CCAACCCAAACCAUUCCCAUGAGUGCAUCUCUGCAGGAGUUGUGUGCAGAAAUGGUGCCAGGAGGGCACUCAGGAUGAUGUCCUGGGAGUUUGUCUCCAGCUGAGAUGUUUGCUCCAAGCUCUACAUGCCCUGUGCAGCAGGGAAUGAGUUUCCCCUGACCAGGAAUGCCUCAGGAUGACACAGGCUGGUGUGAAAGUGGGAGGAUUUAUACCCUGACAAGCAGUGAGAGCAUGAACUGUACUACCUCCUCUCCACAAUGAUUGUUUUUUGUGGGUGCCCUGGUCAACCCCAGUGGGGCAUCCAUGGUCUGUUUUCCAAUGUGCUUUACAAUGCCCUUCUUAUGGAUCUGUGGGCAGAAGGAGUAUUCAGGUGGCUCAUGGACAUCUCAAAGGGGCCCCAGGCAAAUGCUUUUCCUACAUGAGGGAUGGGCUGAGCAGUGCUGGACUCAGUUCUCAAUGAUCAUUUUAGGCAUUUGGGUCUCAAGCACCAUUGCCCUGUGUCAAAUUUCUCCCAUCCCUUUACCCCAUCUCCAAGUCCUCCCUGCAUUUACCCCCAGCAGCCUGCAGGGUGGUCCAGAACUGGUGGGAAUGGGGGACAUCCUGUGCCUGUUUGCUUGUGUUGCACAGGGAAGAUGCAAAAUGUAAAGGAAAUGGCAGCUCCCAUCCCCUGGCAUCACAAUGAACUGGCUGCCUUUCCUCAUCUCUGGUUCUGCCCAUCCAUUUACAUAAUUCCCUUUAUUCCUCUGGGCCAUUCCCAGCUCUGUAUCAUGCUGGGCUCGUUUUGGCCCCUCUGAACCUUGCUUUCCUGAGUGGUUCAGCAAAUGCAGCUGUUGCAGUCACUGUGGAGAAAUCUGUUCCCUGUCCAUUCACCUGGCCCUGGCAGAGGAGGUGGCUGAGAUUCCCUGAAACAGGGGUCCUUCUGCUCCAGCCAGCACUGGAUGUUUGUGGGUGGCACAGGAAUGAUUAAUAUAUUACAUGGUGUACUUCUAGUGACUGCCUAUGAGUGCAGAGCUUAUCUGAGGUUUAAACAUUAAUUCCAGCCCUCUGGGAAGUCUGUCCCGGCACUGUCCUGUCCCAAACACAGCCACCAAUGUCAGGUGUCGGGGAAAUUUUGAAAGCAGUUGGUGAUUUUGGGCGAUUCCAGAAAUGCUUGGUGUUGCUUUCUGUGAUCCCCUGCCUCAGUGUGGCUUUCCACCAGUUUUGCCAGCUUUUCAUGGUCCCGUUUGUGCCUCACCACUGUGACACCAGCUGGAUCCGCGCCGUCGGCCCCAACCUGACGGAGGAAGAGCAGCUGAACCUCACCCUGCCCCGGGGCACGGACGGGGAGUUUGAGCAGUGCUCCAUGUACUCCCCGGUGGACUGGGACCUCCAGUCCAUCAUGGCCUAUGGGCUGAAUGACACCGAGAAGUGCAUCAAUGGCUGGGUGUACCCCUCAGACCAGCCACCGUCCCUGCUCACCGAGUUUGCCCUGGUGUGUGACAGGAAGGACCUGAAUGACAUUGCCCAGGCCAUCUACAUGGUAGGGCUGCUCCUGGGAUCCAUGAUCUUUGGGCCUCUAAGUGACAGGAUUGGCCGCCGCCCGGUCAUUCUGAUCUCCGUCUUCCUCCAGGGCCUGUUUGGCCUGGGAAUUGCCUUUGUGCCCCAUUUCUAUGUGUACAUGGCCUUCAGGUGUGUCGUGGGAGCCUCUGUGUCAGGGAUCACCAUGACAAUACUGGCCUUAGCUACAGAAUGGAUCGGUGUCUCCUCCCGGCCAAAGGCAGUGCUCACUUCUCACUGCUGUUUCGCCAUCGGGCAGAUGAUUUUGGCUGGUUUGAGUUAUGGGAUUCGCAACUGGAGGCUGCUGGAAAUUGCAGGAUCUGCUCCUAUAUUUGCCUUUUUCUUGUUCAUUGGGGUGCUCCCAGAGUCAGCUCGCUGGCUGGUGACCAAAGGCAGAAUCGAGGAAGCCAAGAAGGUUCUGCAGAAGGCGGCAGCCAUCAACAAGCGCAGCCUCCCACCAGAGCUCCUGGAGCAGCUGAAGCCUGAGAAAGAGGUUAAGUCUGGAAGUUUCCUGGAUAUCUUUCAGAAGAAGCACCUGCGGAAGGUGACUUUAAUCAUGUCAUGUGCCUGGUUUGUGAACAGCUUUGUCUACUAUGGGCUGAGUCUGAACGUGACAAAUUUUGGCCUGGACAUCUACCUGACUCAGCUGGCCUUUGGAGCAGUGGAAAUCCCAGCCCGUGUUGGUUGUAUCUUCAUUCUGCAGAGGUUUGGGAGGAGGAAAACGCAGGCUGUUCUCCUGGUGCUGAGUGGCCUGGUGUGUCUGAUCAUCACCGGCAUCCCUGAAGACCAGCCCGUGGCAACCACCGUCCUGGCCACCAUUGGCAAGUUUGCUGCCUCAGCCUCCUUCUCCACCUCCUACGUCUAUGCUGCCGAGCUCUUCCCCACGGUCGUCAGGCAGACGGGCGUGGGGCUGUGCUCCAUGGCUGCGCGGGUGGCCGCGAUCCUGGCCCCGCUGGUCCGUCUCCUGGGGCAGCACCACCGGGCCAUCCCCAUGGCCAUCUUCGGGAGCGCCCCCGUGCUGGGGGGGCUGCUCUGUGUCCUGCUACCCGAGACCCGCGGCACCGACCUGGCUGAUGGCACAGGGGACGGCCACCCCCCGGCUGAGGUCUGCGAAAAUGCCACCAGCAGCUCUCAGAAUGGGGAGGUGAAAGGAAAAGGUGGUGGCCAAGACAAUGAGAGCACGAAGACCACGCACCUCUAGCUGGGUCUGCAGGUGGUUGUGGAUAAAGGCAGCCCAGUGCUGUGGGCACUGAGGACAGGCAGGGUCUCUUCACCACAGGACACCAUCAUUGCUUAGGCCAUCACUGCCAAUUCUUGGGUUUCCUUGUCUCUUUUGCCUUCCUGUAUCUCCCUCUGUAGCUUGUCCUCAGGCACUGCAGGCUGUCACUGAUGUCCAACAGGGCUCUCACCAGAGCAAACUGGGUGCUUUUUCCUUGAGGGAAAAAAAAGAAAGAAAUUGAGAAUUAGAAUGAGGCACUUCCUCUUCAUUUUCCCUGUUACGUCUCCAGGAUGAUGAGGCUGUAAACUUUGUCCAGUGAGGCACCCAUGAGAGCACUGAAUAAACUUACAAGAAAGAACUGGGCUGAGUAACAGGAGAGCUGGAGCAGAUGCAGCACUGAAAACAAUCUCACACUUGCAAGGAGUGAUUUAUCAUGACUGUCUAGCAAGAUCAUUCCGUUCUUUCAUAAAAACACUCCUUUUCCUUUUCCUUUUCCUUUUCCUUUUCCUUUUCCUUUUCCUUUUCCUUUUCCUUUUCCU